AUGGUUGGAAUUAAGGAGUUUGUCAGCGGCCUUGAUUUUGUGCUAGGUGUAAAUCACGACAACAACCUAUACGGAUGGGGCCUAAAUGAGCGUGGCCAAUUGGCAAUUUGGCCUGGUAAACAGUAUUUAAAACCGAACCCGAUUAAAUUCUUUGACAACAAACACGUGACGCAACUUAGUUGCGGUCAUUACCACACGCUAGCGCUGUUAAGCGAUGGGCGUGUCUAUGGGUGGGGCGAUAAUAUUCAAGGUAGUUGGAACAUAACACAAACGGGUUAUACAAACAUUUUCGACAUCUAUAUUGAGUCAUUUAAUAUGACCCACAAAACCAUAAAUUUAGGCGAUUAUAUGGACUAUAAUUAUAAAACGAGUCACGACUUUCAGGUCAAAUGUCGCAAUAUAUUAGCCGAUAAGUUUGCAACAAUUAGAAACUCAUUCGAAGCCAAAAUUGACAAGGUGAUUUACGAAAUCAAGUUAUUUCACGCGUUCGACGACAAACGCAAAUAUAACCUUAUAUUUGUCACAAACGAUGACCAGGUUUACGGUAUGGGUGCCAACUAUUGGGGAACACUCGGGUUGGGUCACAACCAGUACACCACUCAACCGGAACUCAUUCCGGAGUUGUGUAACCAAAAGAUUCGUCAAUUUGUUAAUGGAAUGGACUUUAUUUUGGCAAUUACGGAAAACGACCAUGUUUAUUCAUGGGGUAUUAACGAUAGCGGACAGUUAGCUUUUGACUCGAGCGACGGCUAUUUUAAACCAAAAAUCGUCACCUUUUUCGAAGGGUUAGGCGUAUUACAAAUAGCGUGUGGCGAUAGUCACGCGUUAGCCCUCACGGAUAGGGGCUGUGUCUACGGAUGGGGUUUGAACUUCAAUGGGGAAGUCGGUUGCGGUGAUCCGGCUGAUGAGAUACCGUGUCCUCGGCAAUUACGCCAUUACACAUCGUUUGCGAUAGCUGACAACGAUAUAAAAUUAGCCAAGUGCUUCAGCAAAGAAGUGGAUAAUUUGGCCAUGGUCAAUUCGGACUAUUGUGUCCUAUAUAAUAAUUCAUGGUUUGAAGAUAAUAAGCGUUUGUAUAUUGAAAUGGAGUUAUGUUCCGAUAGUCUCCGCAAUAUUCUGGACAUAAAGCCAGAAGUAUUCGGACGACAAUCGCCGGAACCGAUGAAUUCGCUUGAGUUUUACAUAUCGUGCCAUAUAUUCAGAGAGCUCUUAGAGUGCGUCCAGUAUUUGCAUGAAUUGAGUCCACCCGUCAUUCAUCGGGACCUUAAACCGGAUAACGUAUUAUUGGCCCGGGAUGUGAGGAACGGCAGGUUUCUCAAAGUGUCCGAUUUCGGGUUGGCCACCUUCCACAAGCACUCGUCGGCCCACGGAUUGCCCAAAUAUAUCGCACCAGAAGUGCGCAAACGUGGCGUAAAAUAUAACCACAAAAUCGAUAUUUAUAGUUUGGCAAAGAUAUGCGAACUUGACAUAUUUGAUAUUGAUCUGGAUGAAACCACGUAA